AUGGGUCCGAGGAUUCAGCGGCUGGCCGGCGUGCUGCUGUUGGCGGCUGUCGUCGCCGUCGCCGCAGCUGCCGGGGACGAACCGAGAAAAGGCAACCAAUGGGACACCGUGAUGUCCAUGCUCAACUGUCAGAGUGACUCGCUGAUCCCUAGCUACAUCUGCAGCGUGAUUGGCAGGAGCCGCCGGGGCUGGGCGUCAGAUGAUGAUGGCCCCAGCGACGACGACGGGUACACGGCGCCGGCGGCGGCGGAGGAGGAGGAGGAGACGUCGCCAGAAGAGGAGCGGCGGCGGCCGGUGAUAACGACGAGCUUGAACCUGACCAAGUACGUGGACAAGCUGCCGCAGAUGCCCAAGAUCCGGGGCUACCGCCUCCGCCAUGGCUAUCCCGUGCCAACCAAGCUCACCAUCGGCAUGUACCAAAAGACUUGGCAAUUCCACCGCGACAUGCCACCGACGCCGGUGUUCGUGUACGGGCAGUCUGCGGCGACAGCGACGUUCCCCGGGCCGACCAUCGUGGCGCGGCAGGGCGUGUGGCUCGACAUCAAGUGGGAGAACCACCUCCCCGACGCGCACAUCCUCCCGUGGGACCCCACCGUGCCCACCGCCAUCCCCAAGUACGGCGGCGUCCCCGCCGUCGUCCACCUCCACGGCGGCGCCCACCCGGCGGAGUACGACGGCAGCGCCUUCGCCUGGUUCACCCGCGACUUCCGCGAGAACGGCAGCGCGUGGACGCGGACCACCUACCGCUACCCCAACGUGCAGGCGCCGGGCAACCUGUGGUACCACGACCACGCCCUCGGCCUCACCCGCGCCAGCCUCCUCGCCGGCCUCCUCGCCGCCUACAUCAUCGAGAAGCCUGAGAUCGAGGCCCCCAUGCGCCUCCCCCGCGGCAAGCACGACCUCCACCUCGUCAUCGCCGACCGCGAGUUCAACGUUGAUGGCUCCAUCUUCAUGGACACCAAAGGCGCCGUGCCCAGCGUCCACCCGCAGUGGCAGCCGGAGUACUUUGGCAUGACCAUCACCGUCAACGGCAAGGCAUGGCCGUACUUGCGCGUCCACCGCCGCCGCUAUCGCCUCCGCAUCCUCAACGCCAGCAACGCGCGCUACUUCAACAUCACGCUUUCCAACGGCCUCCCCUUCCACGUCAUUGGCUCCGACUCCUCCUACCUCAACAAGAUAGUCACGGUGCCCAACCUCGUCCUCUCCACAGCCGAGAUCUUCGACGUCAUUGUCGACUUCUCCCAGUCGCCGACCACCGAGAUCGAGCUGCUCAACUCGGCGCCCUACCCGUUCGGCCUCGCCGGCACUCCCACGAACCCGAAUCUCGACGGGAAGGUGAUGAAGUUCAUCGUUUCGCCCAAAAAGCACCUCGACGACAUGCCGGACAACUCAAAGGUACCGGAGCGCGGGGUGCCGUACGCGAGCGUGGCGGCGGUGUCGCCGACGAUAGAGACGAGGUACAUCGUCCUGUACGAGAACAUGACCGCGGACAACCAGACGAUGAACCUCUACAUCAACGGGCUCCGCCUGGAGGACCCGGUGACAGAGACGCCGAGGUCGGGGACGACGGAGCUGUGGCACGUGAUCAACCUCACCAACGACAACCACCCGCUGCACGUCCACCUCGGCACGCUCCAGGCCGUCAGGAUGCAGCUGCUCGUCGACCCCCAGAACACCUUCAAGAACUGCAUGAUCAAGUUCAACAGCACCACCGCGUGCAAGCUCAACCAGUACGCCAAUGGGCCCAUCUUGCCGGUGCCGGAGGAGGAGAAGACGUGGAAGAACGUGGUGAAGGUGCCGCCAGGGUCCAUAACGUCGGUGGUGGUGGCGUUCUUGCUCGUCGAGACUAACCAGCCCUACCCCUUCGACGCCACCACCGAGCCAGGAUUCGUCUACCAUUGCCAUAUCCUGGAUCACGAAGACAACGCCAUGAUCAGGCCACUCAAGCUGCACAAGUGAUGAACAAGACACACGUACUGUACCUGGUGAUUGAUGAGGAAAUGCAAGAUCGAUGAGUCACCAGGAUAAAUAAUUCUGAGCUUUUUCCCCAUCGGAGUGGAAGUAAUAUAUAUGCCAUGUUAUCCAAAAUUUGCUAGUCGUUAAUUAACUCGUGCAUUUGUGAGGUAUUUGCUCCUCUUUAAUUGCUGGCCGCGGCUGUCUCGUGGCUACAAAUAGCAAUAUGUAGUUACUGUA